AUGGGCGUUGAAUCUGGUGAUACGAAAGAGUUUAAAUUGAAACCUAUGAAAUGCGAAUUGAAUUUUUUAAGCAAAUCGGAUGGAUCCGCUAUAUUAUCUCAAGGUGACACAGUGGCUUUAGUGAGUGUGAAUGGUCCAUUGGACAUAAAGAUGCAAAGCCAGAGUAUUGAAAAAUCAACAAUAGAAGUUUUAUUUUGCACAAAAGGUGGUAAACCUUCAGUUCCUGACAGAUACAAAGAAAGUAUAAUAAAACAGACUUGUGAAACUGCGAUAUUGGGCAGUCUUUACCCUCGAUCUGGCAUUACAAUAACUAUACAGGAGUUAGAGGACUAUGGCGGGCUGGUGACUUGCGCGCUGAACUGCGCGUGCCUGGCGCUGCUCAACUCCGGCCUGGCGAUGCGGCACGUGUUCGCCGCCGUCUGCUGCGCCGUGGACGAGCUGGGCGGGCUGGUGCUGGAGCCGGAGCAGCCGCUGGCGGCCGCCGCCCGCGCCCGGCUGCACUUCGUCUUCGAGGGCCGCAAUCGGACCCUGGUCAGCGCUUUCUCCGAGGGCAGUUACAGCGAAGUGGCAUACGAGGAGGCGCUGGAGAAGUGUCGUGCCGCCAGCGAGGUCGUGUUCACGUUCUACAGAGACGUCGUCAGAAAAUACUCCAACGUUAUA